AAUAUCUAAAAAAUAAAAAUUUAACUUUAACGCUCAAACAUUAAAAUAAAGAAAAUGGAAAAGCCUUAAGUAGACGUUUAAAAAAUACUAUAAUUCUAAACUGAAGAACAUGAAGACAUUUUUACUUCUAGAGAUGCUAUAUUAUACGCUUUAAGUUUAGGAUACAAUUAAGACCCUUUAAACGAAAAAGAAUUAGCAUUUACAUAUGAACUCCAUGAAAAUUUUAAAGUAUUCCCUACAUUUGCUUGUGUAUUACCAAAAAUGGAUAUCUUUAAAGCUUUACUAGAUUGUCCUGGUCUUCCCUAAUUUAACCCUAUGAUGCUUUUACAUGGAGAAUAACGUUUCGAAUAAUAUAGGCCUUUAGUUCCUGAUACAAAAUAUAUAACCGUAACUAAAGUAGCUGAUGUAGCUGAUAAAGGAAAAGGAAUGCUUUUAACUUUGGAAGCAUUAUCUUAUGAAUAAACUGAAAAUAAUUAAAGAAUACUUGCUUUUAAAAAUACAAUGAGUUUAUUUAUUAGAUAAUUAGGUGGUUUUGGUUAUAAAGGAAAAAAUUUGCCUUAAAUACCUAAAAAGCCCACAAGAUAGCCAUGCGCAGUUGUUUAGGAAAAAACUAGACCUAAUUAAGCAUUAUUAUAUAGAUUAAAUGGAGAUUAUAAUCCUUUGCAUAUUGAUCCUAAUAUGGCAUCAAUGGGAGGAUUUGAUAAACCGAUUUUACAUGGAAUGUGUUUUUACGGAUUAAUGACUAAGGCUGUUUUAGGUAAAUUUUGUGAUGAUGAUGUUAAUUUAAUCUAAAGUGUAUAAGCUAGAUUCACUUCUCAUGUUUUCCCAGGAGAGAAUCUUGAAUUUUCUUUAUGGAAAGAUGGAAAUAAAGUCUUUGCUAGUGGAAGUACUUAAGAAAGAAAAAUUGAGUGUAUUUAAGGGAUUAUCGAAAUUAAAGAAAAAGCUAAAUUAUGAUUUUGUAUUUUUUUUUAAAAAAAUAAAAUAAAAUAGAUUUAUUAUUUAAUUAAUAUAAUAUAUUUUAAUUAAGAGAAUAUUUUUUUUUAAUAUAAAUAAAAGUAUUUUUUUUUUUAUUCAAUAAAUAUUAUAUAAAACUUAACA